UGCUCCAGUGAGCGUUUCAUGGUUACAGCACGCGGACGUCUUGUCACUCUGCUCAGGGAGUGCGCGGGACUGAACGUGAAGGCCUAAAGGCAUAGUCGAUUAAGCGGGAAGAAAAGACGGACGAUUAAUUUAAACAACAAUUUGUUCCUCGUCUGUGAUGUUAUUACUUUCGCGGUGAACUAUUACCCUCCCUCCCCCAAUUUUUUUUUUUUUAUUUAUUUAUUUUCUUUUAACGAACAAACUGGUCAUCGGUCCGCAAUGGGGUCCUUCCGAGUGACGUUGAGUCUCCACAAGGAGCCGGACAACAAGCCUGUAUUUUGCAAGGUGGACGGACAACGAUUCGCUCAGCCGAGGACAGUGAAAUUCCUUGCGGGUAGCAAAUACCGCUUCGAUAUUAACAUCCGUCCCGCCAAAACGGUCAGAGGCAUAGCCGUGAUGGAACGAGCCCUCGAAGUGACCGACAACUCAUCAAAGUUGGAAGACGAAAACGCAUCCAGCUAUUCCGCUUUUUUUCAAUUGGACAAUCUACAGCCGUCUAAGAAAGGGCAAAGAGAAUCGGUUUCCUUGCACGUGAAGAUGGACGGAGGUUACGAGUUCACUACGACACUGCAAAUCAAAAUCUACAACGCAAAGAGCACGCAACACUGUGACUGGGGAACGACUGUUCACUCGAUCGAGUACGAAUGCCACACCGACCAGCAGAAUAACAGCAUUAAAAUCGUCAAAGACACUUUCCGAUAAAGAACAUUUAAUGGACGGGCAAUUACAAUCAUUGCUGGUCAUCAAGUGAAACGACCCACCCACAUUAUAUGGCUUUCCAAACAAAGAAAUUAGGUUUCCCUCUACGAAUCAGAUUUCCAAAGAACAACGAGAUCUCAUCAGUUUUAAACGACAAAUAUUAGUGCAAAUUAUAUUAAAUGAAUCUAGUAGCAUUUCUGUCCUGGAUGUCGAGUGAUUGAUUGUGUUGUUUGAUUAAUUUAUUUGGCCUAUCAAACGGUAAGGCAAUGCUAUUACAUCCACCCUCAACCAUGACAAAGCAAGUCAUUUACGCCAAAGGUUUCAUCGUUCAAGCGAAUAUUGCAACAACAAAAAAUUGCAUCGCGUUUGUAGCAUAUUACCGAAAAGAAAGGGUUACUUCAAUGAAGAGGAGCUGUUUACGCAGGCAACACUAUCUAAGCAACGAUGGGAAAACUCUACUAGUGACGGCAUCGUUCCACCAAUGGAAAGACGACGAUAAGCCAGAGAGCGAUCACACUAUUGCGGCAAAAGUUCUAUACCCGCAGCACAUAUCCACUUCGAAUUUUAACCUCAUCCGCCUCCAGCUCCUCCUCCACGCCUAGUCGGACGGUAGCAUACGCCACUGCUUCCAUCCCCCAUUAACGGAUUGUACUCUGAAUAAUGAUCAUGUGGAUGUUAAUGUUUAAAAAUCGCCUGUUUUAGAAUACAGUUUGUUGAAUGCUUCAAAAUGCAGUAAUGCUUUUACCUGGCUUCAACUUUGAUUUGUCAGAUUUCUUUUUUAACACACCCUGUUGAAGUUGGUCAUUACUGGAUUCUGCUGCAAGAGUUUUACUGCUUCUACCUAACUUUGUGCCAUACUUCUCCAGGUUCUUUAACUUUUCUUGGCGCAAAAGUUCUUCUUUCUAUCAAAAUUAGAGGGGAAAAAAUCAAGUGGGAGCUCAAAAGAAUUUGUUCAAAACACAGACCUCUUUUUGCUUUAUGGCGUGUUCUCUGGCUUUUUUGUCAUACUCUUCUUGCAUUUGCCUUCUAGCUAAUUCCACAGCCUCUUGCCUUGCAAGGAUCUCAUCUGCACCUGAGUUGAUAAAACCAUAAUUCUAAUCGGUUUUCUUCAAUGAAAAUAGGCUUCCUUCUUACUAAGAUUUGAGUACUCGGCUGAGCUGGUAACCUGGGAAGAACGAAACUUCUGCACAAGGUAGUAGACACCAAGUGCAAUAAAGAGAAGUAGCCAUGGAUUGAUACUAGUGAGGACGGAAAGAGCUGCAAACACAAGUGUAAAUCAAGAUUGGCUCGACAAACCAAAAUACUAGAUGACAUACUUUGCUCAAAAAUACUCUGUUGGAUGCCACUUGGUCCCCGACUGCUUUCAAACGUGCUAUCCAUGUCGUCUUCCACUACCGUUUCCACCGUCGCCCAUUCGUCGGAUUCCGUCAUAUUACUUUAUUCAGAUUGAUCAAUUCAUUCGUAGAAAUAUCGUACUACUUCCCAAAGGAAUUAAUGUUUACAAAAGUGCCCUGUCACUUUUUUGACGGUAAAGCUCUCUCCGUUAAGCAGUUCACGCCAUCUAGCAGUGAAGUUCACAGUAAGAUUCACAAUAAAAAUUGAUGGGACGACAGGGAAGGGUAGCAACAGGAAACAACAAUAUGGGUGCAACAAGAUUGUGCAAUUUUCAAGGGUUCCUCCACCUAUUGGUUAGCCAAGAGCAUGCCAACUACGUAGAAUCUUAGCACAAAGUUUUAGAGUAGUCGGUCCAAGAGAACCUCUUUGAGGCUUCGAUGAUAAACCCGGUAGUGUCCUUGUUUACCAACAUCAAUUAUUAAUGUGACAGUUGAGCAAGCGUAUCGCCUUGGAAGAAACUGUAGCAUUUCAUCUUUAAACAUGGGCAAUAACAAUUCCGUUUCUGUUGGCCCAAAUGAAGGAAAUCAAACUAUGAAGACACCAUCAUCAAAUAGGUAUCAUUCAUAUUUUUAUCUAUCAACUCAUUUCCUAAUUUCAAGUUGGUGUAGGAAAAUGGCAUGGCAAAGUGAAGAUACCAAGGCAGAUGAACUUG